ACCGUGAGUUGUAGCUGGCGGCGAUUGGUGUAGAAACUCUAAACCCAGUAGCUUUAAACAGUUUUGUGGGUGGUACUUGUGUUUUCUCAGCAGAUAUUUUUCACGUGCCUACACAAAGGCUGGCGUAGGAAUGCAGCGUGGAGACGAUAGCGUCUCCCUUCUAAGAAAUACAGUCUAGCAAGGAGACAGACAAGCUCAGGGCGCCGUGGUGCCUGCCAGUGAUCUAAGAGUUCGAGGCCAGCCUGUAUAGCACAGUAAGACACUGUCUCAAACAACGCCGAAUAGGCACGUGGUUUACGUGCUUAGUACUAAGAAGGGCUGGUAUAACUGAUACAAACCCCAUGUCUUGCUGUGCUAGUAAUUGGACCCCCGAAAGAAUGAAGAAGGAAUGAGUCAGCAAGACAUGAAUAAAGAAACUACCUGUUCAGUGUGUUUGUGACUGGAGGCUGAUUGUGGUAGAUAAGGUUGGGUACAGCAGAAUCCUGCUUGUCUAUGAAAUGCAGUUAACACAUCAACUGGAGCUAUUUCCAGAAUGCAAGGUGACCCUUCUGUUAUUUAAAGAUGUAAAAAAUGCUGGAGACUUGAGAAUAAAGGCCAUGGAAGGCAGCGCUGUUGGUUCAUUAAUAAAUCCUACACUGAUUGUUGACCCAUUUCAGAUACUUGUGGCAGCAAACAAAGCAUUUCACCUCUACAAACUGGGAAAAAUGAAGACACGAACUCUAUCUACUGAAAUUAUUUUCAACCUGUCCCCAAAUAACAAUAUUUCACAAGCUUUGAAAAAAUUUGGUACCUCAGCAAAUGACACAUCAGUUCUAAUUGUUUACAUCGAAGAGGGAAAAAAACAAAUAAAUCAAGAGUACCUAAUAUCUCAAGUAGAAGGUCUUCAGGUUUCUCUGAAAAAUCUUCCUGAAAUAACGAAUAUUGCAGAAGUCAAAAAGAUCUAUAAACUGUCUUCACAAGAAGAAAGCAUUGGGACACUAUUGGAUGGCAUCAUUUGUAGAAUGUCAACAAAAGAUGUUUUUUGAAGUAUUAGAGAAAUACUAACAAAUUAUCAGCAUUAAAGAAAACACUUGUUUUUUAUUAUCUCUACAUCUCUGUAUCUUUUCAAAUGUAUUUUGUAUAAUUAAAAGAAAAAUUGCCUCA